CACUUUGCGCUCCACCCAUGAGACAGUUUAGUCUGGCCCCACAGAGGAAAUUCAUCCCCCGUCCGGAGGAGUAGAUAGAGUCCCUCCGCUGCUCCCUCCGCUCAGUCUGCCUCUCCAACGGUAGUCGGCGUGCUGAUCCAGCAGCGCUCUCUCUCAGUGUGAGACCUGGGACAGCGAGAAGAAGGGGAGCGCUUUCACCACCGAACACGGCGGCAGUCCCCCAUGGCACUGUGCAACGGAGAGAGCAAGCUGGAGAUCAGCACCACAGAGCAGAAUGGAUCAUUUGAGGGGGCGGUUGCCAUCCUGGAUGCAGGCGCACAGUACGGGAAGGUGAUUGACAGACGGGUGCGGGAGCUGUGUGUCCGCUCAGAGAUUCUCCCUUUGGAGACCCCAGGCUUUGCAAUCAGAGAACAAGGUUACAGAGCGAUCAUUAUUUCAGGAGGUCCGGCUUCUGUGUAUGCAGAAGAUGCCCCCUGGUUUGACCCAGCCAUAUUCACCAUAGGGAAGCCAGUCCUUGGGAUUUGCUAUGGAAUGCAGAUGAUGAAUAAAGUUUUUGGUGGGACGGUCCACAAAAAGAGUGUAAGGGAGGAUGGCGUGUUCAACAUUGCGCUGGACAACACAUGCUCCCUUUUCAGAGGCCUUCAGAAGGAGGAACUGGUGCUGCUGACCCACGGUGACAGCGUGGAUAAAGUGGCUGAUGGCUUUAAAGUGGUGGCCCAGUCAGGAAACAUUAUUGCUGGGAUUGCUAACGAACAGAAGAAGCUGUACGGGACACAGUUUCACCCUGAGGUUGACCUGACGGAGCGAGGGAUGGAGAUGCUGCGGAACUUCCUGUUUGAGAUCGCGGGUUGUACGAGUAACUUCACCGUGCACAACCGGGAGGAGGUUUGCAUCAAUGAAAUCAGAGAAAAAGUGGGCACGUCGAAAGUUCUGGUGCUACUGAGUGGUGGGGUUGACUCAACAGUUUGCACAGCUCUACUGAACAAAGCUCUGAAUCAGGAGCAGGUGAUUGCUGUUCACAUCGAUAAUGGCUUUAUGAGGAAGAGAGAGAGUCAGAGUGUGGAGGAGGCCCUCACCAAGCUGGGUAUUAAACUCAAAGUGGUAAAUGCAGCUCACACUUUUUACAACGGGACAACAACUCUUCCCAUUUCUGAGGAGGACAGGACGCCACGGAAACGCAUCAGCAAGACCUUGAAUAUGACCACCAACCCUGAGGAGAAAAGGAAGAUUAUUGGAGACACGUUUGUUAAAGUGGCUAAUGAAGUUCUUGGAGAAAUGAACCUGAACCCGGAGGAGGUUUUCCUGGCGCAGGGCACGCUGCGGCCGGAUCUCAUUGAGAGUGCCUCUCAUAUUGCCAGCGGAAAGGCAGAGGUCAUCAAAACGCAUCACAAUGACACCGAACUCAUCCGCAAGCUCAGAGAUGAGGGAAAAGUAAUUGAACCUUUGAAAGAUUUCCAUAAAGAUGAAGUGAGAGCGCUGGGAAGAGAGUUGGGCCUGCCAGAGGAGAUCGUCUCUCGGCAUCCUUUUCCUGGGCCGGGUUUGUCCAUCAGAGUGAUUUGUGCUGAGGAGCCUUAUAUUUGUAAGGAUUUUGCUGAAACAAACAACAUCCUCAAAAUCGUCACAGAUUUUUCUGCAAGUGUCAAAAAGCCUCAUGCCUUGCUCCAGAGAGUGAAGUCAUGCAUAUCAGAUGAAGAGGAGGAGAAGCUCAUGAAGAUCACCAGCCUUCAUUCACUUAAUGCCUUCCUGCUGCCCAUUAAAACUGUUGGUGUCCAGGGAGACUGCAGGUCUUACAGUUAUGUGUGUGGUGUCACAAGUAAAGAAUCUCCUCACUGGGAAUCACUGAUGUUUCUGGCCAGACUCAUCCCUCGAAUGUGCCAUACCAUUAACAGAGUUGUGUAUAUAUUUGGGUCUCACGUGAAGGAGCCGCCAACAGACAUUACCCCGACUUUCCUGACCACCGGUGUUCUGAGUACGCUCAGACAGGCGGACUUUGUAGCUCACGCUAUCCUCAGAGAGUCUGGUUAUUCAGGGAAGAUCAGCCAGAUGCCAGUCAUCCUCACUCCCCUCCAUUUUGACAGAGACCCUCUGCAGAAGCAGCCCUCAUGUCGGCGCUCUGUCGUCGUCCGCACCUUCAUCACCAGCGACUUUAUGACGGGCAUCGCUGCCAUGCCUGGUAACCACAUCCCAGAGGAGGUGGUGCUAAAGAUGGUAAACGAAAUCAAGAAAAUCCCCGGCAUCUCCAGAGUGAUGUAUGACCUGACUUCCAAGCCCCCCGGCACCACAGAGUGGGAGUAGAGCCACAACAUGACUUGAUAUCACAUCCACACGCAGUG